AAAAAAAUGAACACCAGUCAACUCUGAAGUCCCCUCCCCCCUUCCUCCAUCCUCUCGCAAAGAUGGAACACUUGUGCUCCAAACUUGUGAUCACACAGUGGAUCCGCCGAGUGUGUUUGUGUUAGUCAUAAUUUUCGAGCGAGUGACGCAAAUCCUCAUCGGAAAGGGACCGAGUGAAAAAUAACUUUGACGUUGAUGAGACUAAUCUGGAAUUCGUUAAAGUCGGUGUUUAUGCAAGGAAUUUUUUUGGGGGGAGAGAACUAGUGUGGGCUCUGGUCCCGUAGCUUGAGGAGUGAGGUGAGGAUUACAGCAAGCUGUCAAGUUGCUUCUUUUUAUGUUCAUCUUACCCAGCUGGGGUCGGUGGGCAAUGAUAGCAGGGGGGAUUACCAUAGUGGCGCUGACUGCGUUGAUUGUCAUCUGCAUCGUGGUUCCAGGAUGUUUUCUGAACAAGAUAUUCUUGAAUGACGAAGACGAACGAAAGCAAAAGAAAAAGGCUGAAAAAGGUUCGCUCAUCGAAAGGCAAGUCCUGUCUGGUGAAAUCUUGGGCGACUGCAACUCGAAUUUCUCCAAGGAUGGCAGAGACACGGAUUCCGUCCUCACUCAUUCUACUCAGUCCACCAAGUCCGUCAGCAACUCCAAAGCCACGGAGAAACAUUCGAUAUCGAGCGUUGAGACCAGCUCCCUGCUCUCUUCCUUGGCGGACUCCAACUACUCCUCCAUGUCCGAGUACAGCGGGAGGUCAUCUCCUACUGUGUCAUACCAGGGCAGCGUUGUAGGAAACGCCGUGAGUGGGGCCAGCAGCCCAAUUUGCGAGGAGCAGGAGGGUCACUUGACUUUUGGCAUUCAAUAUAUCGCUAAUACCCACGACGUCAACAUAGGAAAAUUGGUCAUCACGGUUUUGGAAGGAUCUGGUCUUUCGGGCAAGGAAUACUUGGGCACCAGCUGCGACUGCUACGUGAAGGUGUUGGUCACCAGGGAACGCCGUUCUUUACGCAAGCAAAAAUCGCCUCCGCUUUCCGUGUUCAGGACCCGAACGAUACGGCACUCUCGCUGUCCUGCUUUCAACCAGUCCUUCAUCAUGGAUGCCGAUAAGAAUCAGCUCAAGGAACUCGUUGUAAAACUCAUUGUGAUGGACCAGGAUAAAUGGGCCAGCCCCUCUACCCUUGGGGAAGUGAUUCAGCCCCUCAGGGACAUCAAGAACCUGGCUUCCAUUGAACACAGGACGAUUCUCAACUUCAGCUUGAGUGAACCGAAGAUUGACUUGGGAGAAGUUCUAUUUGGACUGAGCUUCUUGCCCACCGCCCAGCGUCUCUCGGUGUCAGUCGUUAAAGCCAGUAACCUCCGAUAUCAAAAUCUGGUGGAAGAUCUGAACGACUUUCAUCCCUUCGUGCGCGUGAUGUUGAUUAGCGGGUCUGGUCGACUGAUCAAGAGGAAGAAAACUGGAUGGCGUUCUGGCACGACCAUUCCAGUCUGGAACGAGACGCUUGUCUUUGACAUCACGCAAGCGCAGAUGGAGCACAUGACCUUUAUCCUAGUACUAUGCACUCGACACCAGCUUCCUCUAACACCGUGCAGCUCCGACACCCCGUACCAAUCGAUGGAGACCUUACCUGACCUCGCUCUGAGUUCCGAUGAAGCCGAUCACGGGCCUCAGAGGAACGACAGGUACCUCGGGAAAGUCGUCCUCGGCUGCAACGUCCGCAACGAGGAUUCCAAGAAUCACUGGAACGCGAUUUUAACGUGCCCAAGGAAAGUGGCAUCUCAGUGGCAUCCUCUGAGAUAGGAGAAGUCUAGCUAGAGAAGGGAUCUUUUUAGUUGUGUUGGAAAGAAUGAAACUUUUGAUGUUUAUAUUCGCAUAUUAGAAUGCUAUAACUUUAUAUACAGACAGACAUGUAAACAUAUACAUAUAUUUGUAUACGUAUAUAUAGAUAUGUAUAUAUAUAUAUAUAUAUAUAUAUAUAUAUAUAUAUAUAUACAUAAUACAGGUUGAAUGAUUGAUUGAUUGAUUGAUGGGGGCAAGGUCAGAUCAAACUUUGUCGCUUCUGAACAUGUCCCCAAUGUCCUGCCACUGUGCCACAGUACUCAUACAGACACAUCUUGCCUGUGUUGACCCAAGCAGUUUGUUACGUAUUAGGUAUCUAGUCGGAUUUUGCGAGUCACUUUCAAAAUUCAAAUAAUAUAUCAUUGGAAUGACGCCUGUGCCAAAAAUGACUAACUGAUAACAUGAAAGAUGAACAUUCUCGAAUCACUCCUUUCAGUGAAAACUCACGUCUGUUAAAAUACUUGUCCCUCUGCGUGCAAGGAACCAACAGUGAAGGUUUGGUCUUUACAAUUCUUUUGGGGCUCCGAUCCUUUAAGCAAUGAAUGGUAUCUCUAGCAGUUGGUCAACUAUGGUGGGACAGAGAUUGGAAAGCGAGUAGGAAGCUCAUCCCGAAAUAUUGGCAUUAAUUCGAUGCGAAGAAAAUGGUGUUAACAUUCAAACA